ACCCCCACCCUCCCUGCUACCGCCACCCAGCAAGGGGGUGCAAAUCGUUGUCAAAUCGAGUAACAUUUCCGCACUGUAGACAUCCGCAGAGAGCUAAGUAUAAUGUGAUUUUGUCAUGCAUUUUUUUAUGUUACCGAAUUAUAGUCUUAUACUUUUUUUUGCACACACAUCAAUCUGUGACGGUAUCAGGCCGAUUUGUGCUUUAAGUAGACUUCCGAAAGGAAGCAUUGCUUAUUAAUGACCCAUAACAGCAAAAAAAUUACAUUUUCUGACGAUGCAUUAAAUAACGAAGGAAUUACUCUUCCAUAAAUAGCAUAAAUCUCCCCCGUCUUUGCCCAUAAUGUCUCUCUGAUCCAAAACCAGUGUGGCGCUGCACAGUGACGUAGCCGCAGUCACGAUCACUCAAGCCCAGUUGUCAGUGCAGCCUUCCGAAAGCACACGGGACUGGCAUUAGGUGUCAUGAAUUAUUCAAGAUUUGUGACUGCUGUCAGUGCAGCAAGAAAGGCUUCUCCAAUCCGUCUGUUAACUGAGCUACAACAGAAGUCCCCACCCUCUCUGAUCUCACUAGCAGGGGGGGCUCCCAAUCCAGACACGUUCCCCUUUAAAACCGCCACCAUCACGCUGAAGAAUGGGGGCCACAUUGUGUUUGAUGAGGGCAUCAUGAAGAGAGCCCUGCAGUACUCUGGCUCUUAUGGGAUUCCAGAAUUGCUCUCUUGGAUGAAGGACCUUCAGAAAAGCCUCCAUAACCCGCCCACGGUCAGCUACAGCCCAGAGAGAGGCCAGAUGGAAAUGUGUGUGACAACGGGCAGCCAGGAAGGCCUGUGCAAGGUGUUUGAAAUGCUUAUCAAUCCUGGGGACAAUAUUUUGUUAGAUGCUCCUACUUACUCUGGGACACUGGCUGCUCUGAAGCCAUUAGGGUGCAACAUCAUUAAUGUCCCAAGUGAUGAGCGUGGCAUGAUUCCUAAAGCCUUAAAGGAAAUUCUUUCCAAGUGGAGCCUGGAUGAAGUCGGGAAGCCGGAUAGUCCCAUUCCCAAAGUCCUCUACACCAUUCCUAAUGGGGGCAACCCCACUGGGGCUUCGAUGACUACAGAGCGGAAGACCGAAAUCUAUCAGAUUGCCAGAGACUAUGACUUCCUCAUCGUUGAAGAUGAUCCCUAUUAUUUUCUACAGUUUGAAAAGCCCUGGGCGCCAACGUUUUUGUCCAUGGACGUGGACGGUCGAGUUCUCCGCACGGACUCCUUUUCCAAGAUCCUGUCGUCCGGGCUGAGGGUGGGAUUUGUGACUGGGCCGAAGCCGCUCAUUGACAGGGUCGUUCUCCACAUACAGGCCUCUACGAUGCACACCAGCACCUUCACACAGCUCAUGGUCUCACAGCUGCUGCAGGGAUGGGGACAGGAAGGGUUCCUCAAACACAUUGACAGUGUGGUGGAGUUUUACAGAAAACAGCGUGAUGCCAUGCUUGGUUCUGCAGACAAGUGGCUCAAAGGUGUAGCAGAGUGGCACGCCCCUGCGGCCGGCAUGUUUCUCUGGAUCAAGCUAAAAGAAAUCACAGACACGCAGAGGCUUAUCACGGAGAAAGCUUUAGAAAAGGAGGUGCUGCUCGUCCCUGGAGGAGUUUUCAAUAUAAACAGUUCUGAGCCCUGUCCCUAUGUGAGAGCAGCCUUCUCCCAGUCCUCUCCAGAGCAGAUUGACCUGGCUUUCCAGAGGCUGUCAACGCUAAUUAAGGAGGCCAUGUGACAGGAGGGGUCAAACCCAAAGGUCAAUCUGUCUUACCAUCUCCAAAAUUACUUUCUUUAUUACUUAUUUAAUACGAAGAGUUGGUAAGCCUUUUGAAUGUUUAAGCAAAUGUUUGGUGUAAGAGUAGGGACAAAUGUUAUCUACCGCUUAUUUUGUUGUUACUGUAAAUGUUCCAAAGAAGGAGAUACUCAAUCCUGAUACUUGAUCAGCUUUGAGCGACUGAUGAAGACCUGACAGCCUGCAGUCAGUCUGAGGACAUUCCUGUACUGUACACAAGCAGGACGAAACAGCACACAACUCUGUUGGGGACAAGGCAACAGACCUGCUCCCCAGUGGAACUAAUUCAGGUGAAAUCUCUUUUGAGCAGGUGAGGAUCUACAGGUAUUGGACCAAAAAAUGGAAGCAUCUGGGCAAAUGAGUGACACCAAGUAUAUUUAAAAGCUCAGCUCACUCAGCUGUGGCUCAUUCAUACUUUAUUCAAGCAAGUAGCUUGAAUACCUGCUUGAAUAACAAACAAAAUACUGGACAGGUCUGGUUGUCUAUGAGAAUGACUAGCUUGGCUGGAAGAGGAGAACAAACCACUCAUAAACCUGGCAAUACACAGUCCAAUGCUGCAAAGACUACAAGCAUGGGAUUACCAGACAGUGGAGAAAUGUGAUGUUAAUCAAUCACAAUAUUCUCAACAAAUGGUCUACUGCACGAGUGGGGCCAAGCUUAGGAACUCUACAGAGGCCUUGUUUCCAGUAGUGAAGGGUUCCUGUCGUUCUGCAAUGCUCUGGGGUGCAUUUUUCUGAUAUGGUUUGGUUGCGCCCAGUUCCUUUCACAGGCCUGUUUCCAAUGCUUAUUGCAGUGCCUAAUAGUACUGAGUGAUCUCCUUAAUCCCAGCUCUUUCCAGCGGGGGGGGGUCUUUCCCUUCCAGGGAGCACACGUAGUCGCCCAGAAGUUUGAUGAACGUGAUGCAGAUGUUAUCAUCUCAGGCAAUCAGGAACUUUUCUACCUCCAUCAACUGAUUGAUGUUCUUGUGGAAGAAUGGUGCUGUAUCCCUCCUGCAGAAUUACAGAAGUACUCUAUGCCACAGCACAUACUGCAGGAGUGGGACUUGGGACAUACUGGUUUCACAGGUUGCCCUGUCAAGUGACUUUACUUUGGUAUUUCCAUUUUUCUAUCCACUACCUGUAGUUUUAUAUGAAAUACACCCUAUUUAAAUGUGGAAACGUGUGAAGCAAAAUGAUCUGAGAUUAAUAUUCCCAUGGAAAAAUAAAAUGUUUGACUUUCAAAUUGCUUUGUUACCGUCUUGACAACUGUAUUUCUUUUCUUUCAUUAAUUUCUUAUUUACUAUAUAUGGUGACACCUGAAUUUACACAUUAAUACUAUGUUCUUCAUGUAUCACCUGCUCCUAACUGAAGCGUGAUUAUUUUUGUUUCUCUUAAAAAGGAGCAAUGAAGAAUGCACUUUUAAUGCUACAGAACUCUCAUCCAAAGCAUUAAAAAGAAACAAAACAAGAUGGAUGUUGUAUAUUCUUAUACUGUAUUAAUGUAUAUAAAUCAAGAGCAAUGUCCAGGGCUAUAGAAAGUCUACACACCCUUUCCAAACAAACAUUUUGUGACCUCACAGCUUGUUAUCAAGGCAUAUUAAAUCAGAAUGUAUUUUACCUUUAUUUAAACAUUGAAACGCACAGCCUCAAAGUGAAAAACAAAUGCUCAAACUUUCUUAAAAUUAAUUAAAAAUGAAAUGUAACGUGUCUUGAUUUCAGGCUGUGUUACUCUGUGUUUCAGAGUAAAUGUGUUACUCUGGAAAGGGUGUAAAUAGCUGAAACAGACUUUCUCUUUUGUGUUUUAGUUUCUGGGCUCAGGUACUCAGGCAGCACACAUAUGUAAAUUUAAAUGCAUCAUUUUAAAAAAAAGAGUACUCAAAACUUUUAUUCUCUGUUCAAUAAAGUUGCCCUACAGAAUAAAUCUGUUUUCUUUAAUUAAUUGGGAGAAUAAGCCUUUGCAGUGCACCUCAUCAACAAAGCAAGGAAGCACCGAUUUUAAAGGGGGAGUUAAAAACAAGCAUGUUCUGCAACAAAAUCAGUCCGUUCUUAUGGAAGGUUUUGGUCAAAUAAAGUUUUUGUUUGGUUUGCGUGCCUCUAAAAACGUUGAUUUGUUUUAGAUUAAGAAAAAAGUUUUGAAAUUUUAUAAAUUAAGUUUAUUGAUUUAAUUUGUCCUGCCUUUCAUCCUGUGCUUCCUGAAUAAGCUUCAGAUUGCUGUAACCCUUACUGGGAAUAAACAGCUUUCUGGUGAGUGGGCGGAUGGAUGGAUGGAUGGAUUGAUUUAAUUUGCUUAUAGAUUGUUUUUUAUUUUGCCUUAUUUCAGUUAUAUUUGUCGGAUUGAUUUGAGACUAAACCCUUAAAUAAUAAAGGUCUAUAAAACUAGCUUUCACCGAAGCAUGAAAUUGCGGUUGCCUUCAUUUUUGGGGUUUUAUCCCUGCGUUACUCCUUGUAUUAUGUAUACUACUUAAUCUGCAGAAUCUGAUCUUGAAUUCCUUGAAAAGCCAGCCAGUCUGGUCAAGAUCCGUUGAAACAUACUCAUCUGUCGUGUGUAUUUGUUUCAGUUUGUUUAUGGUGAUAAUGGAAAAACAGAAAAAAAUGUUUCUUAAAAAACAUGCAACAGAUUUGUUGUAGGUUUCUGUUUUUAUACCAUGCAUAAAAAGCAAACUGGGAUUUGUUGAGCAGUUAAUCAGUGAAAAUAAAAGGAAAACUGAGUACUGAAACAAAAAACAAUAAAUGAACAUUGGAGCCAGCA